CACCGUGAACGCGCCUCUUGCAUUCUUUUAAUACGUAAUUAAGUCGUGUCAGAAUAAUAGUGUAAUAAUGUUAUUGCAGUGAUCACUGAUACUUGAUAUAAACUGUGUGUGUUACAUUGUGUUGCAUGAGUGACCAUAAUGGAGUGCUGGGCAGUGCGCGGAAUGGACGCCAUUCACCGGCUAGUACUGAACAGCUAACGAAAUGCCAAACGGAUCCAGACUGCAUAGCAAUAGGUAGCAGAUUGCGUGGCGCGAUGGGGACGCGCCCGCCGUCGGCCUUUUGGCCUCAACUCUGGGCCACGGUGGUCCGGAAUCUGCUUCUGAAGAAACGUGACACCAGGAAGACCCUUGCUGAAGUGCUGGUUCCGCUGUACUCCCUGGGAGUGCUGAUAUUCCUUAAAAUGCUGGUGCCCAACCCCAACUUUCCGGAGGUGUUAAAACCUGGGCGUCUUCUCCGGAUCCAUCAUGACGCCUUUUCAGAUAGUAACGUAGUAGCAGUAGCAGCGGAUUGGUACAAUCAUAAUGGUACACUGGCGUUCUUAGAUGACAUAAACACAAUGUUAACGGAUUCGGGACAGCACCCCAUCACAUGGAUCCGAUAUAAUGACACCAAUGAACUGGAUGACGCCUACCAUAGUGAUGCUAAACGCUUCCCCCUAGCCGUUAUAUUUCACACUGAUCCUAUGGCGUAUGGCGAACCAUUAAGGUAUACAAUCCGAACUAACCCCUCCAAAGACGGAGGCACACCAUCCACUAGAAUUCUCACCACGUCACCAGCAAAAUGUCGGGAUAGAACCAACACAGACUGGUCGACUGAUUGGUCUCGUGGUGGCCAGUUGAUACCACUCUCGGAGAUGCAUAGAGAAGACACGUGUCCGGUUCUUCAGUAUUAUUAUACAGGAUUUCUCGCGUUGCAAACAUUAAUCGAUUGUGUUAAAAUUAAGAUGGAUACAGGUACAGAGUUCCUUCCACCUCGGGUAGACUUACUCCAAUUCCCUAAACGCCAACACACCGGUGACUGGCUGGUGAUCUUUCGAGUGAUCAUGCCUAUGUACAUGGUGAUGACAUUAUCUCAGUUUAUCACCUAUCUCCUAAUGCUGGUAGUGGGUGAGAAGGAGAAGAAGAUCAGAGAAGGAAUGAGGAUCAUGGGCCUAAAGGAUUCUGUUUAUUGGGGAUCCUGGUUUUUAAUUUACGCAGUGUUUGUUACGAUAUUGUCCAUCGUUAGUACCGUCCUCUUAUUCACAUUGAAGGUAUUUCAACAUUCGUCAUACGUCCUUAUAUUUCUCUUGAUGCUGUUGUUUGGUUUCACCAUCAUCACGUUUGCGUUCAUGCUCACUCCUUUCUUCGACAAAGCCAGGACUGCUGGUAUCCUAGGCAGCUUUGCAGUAAAUCUGAUGAGUGGACUGUACUUCAUCCAGGUGUUUGUAUCGAACGCAGAUUCUCUCGCCUUUUGGUUCGUGUCUCUCAUCAGUUCCAGUUGUUAUGCUCUCGCGAUGGACAAGGCCCUAGUAUUGGAUAUGCAAGGCGUAGGAGUGACAUGGGACAAUCUAUGGAGUGCUGGCUCAGGGGUCCCGUUUGGGGGCAGUCUCAUUAUGAUGGCCAUCGACACGGUUAUAUACGGCUUUGCUGCUUACUGGCUGGAUGCUGUCGUACCUAGUGAAUAUGGCAUCAAGCAAAAGCCCUGGUUUUGCCUUCUACCUUCCUUCUGGCUGGGCAGCCGACGUGGACGAGUUUCAGCAGUACAUUUCCACUCGAAUGGUGAUGCAACUCAUAACAAGGAUAUUGAACCUGUUCCCAAAGAACUCGAGGAAAAAGAAGCGAUAAGGAUAGUCGGUCUUCAGAAGUCAUUCCGACAUUGCCGAAAACCGGAAAUAAAGGCCAUUGAUGGGAUAGACCUUAGCAUCUAUGAAGGUCAAAUAACUGCCGUAUUGGGACAUAAUGGUGCUGGAAAGUCUACUUUGUUUAAUAUCUUGACGGGAUUAACUGCACCCACAGCGGGCACGGCCUAUGUUUAUGGAUUAGAUGUUAGGGAUCCCAACGAUAUGCAUGAAAUCCGCCAAAUGACUGGAGUGUGCCCUCAACAAGAUGUACUCUUUGAUCUGUUAUCUGUUAAAGAACAUUUAAAGUUUUUCGCUGCGGUUAAAGGUAUACCAAGUAAAAGAAUAGCUGAUGAAGUCCACAAGGCGGUAUCCGAAGUGGGUCUUUUGGACCAAAUGGAUGUUUUCUCAAAACAUUUGUCCGGUGGUCAGAAGAGGAGACUUAGUAUCGCCAUUGCUUUUAUCGGAGAUCCAAAGAUAAUAAUCCUGGAUGAGCCAACUGCUGGUGUGGAUCCCGUGUCCCGUCGAAAGACGUGGCGUAUCUUGCAGCGAGCCAAACGGGGGAGGGUUCUUCUUCUCACCACGCACUUCAUGGAUGAAGCUGACAUCCUUGGAGACCGGAAGGCUGUUAUUAGUAAGGGGAGGGUACGAUGUGCUGGAACGUCCCUGUUUUUGAAGAAUAAGUUUGGUAUUGGUUAUCACUUGACGCUAGUUUUGGAUGGCGCCUGUCGCGAGAACCAAAUAACUCGCCUAGUCCGAGGCCACGUCGGGCGGGCGGAGAAGGCGCGUCGUCAUGGCCGAGAGUUGUCAUACAUAUUGCCUCAUUACGCGGUGCAUCUCUUCCCGCCACUGUUCCAUGCUAUCGAAGCUGAGAUUCGGGACAAGACAAAUCGACUUGGUAUUACAAGUUACGGCGUAUCAAUGACGACGUUGGAAGAAGUGUUUCUAAGUCUGGAAGGAGAGAAUGCAGAAGAGAUUGAAUCAGUGGAGGGGGUGUCUUCUGUAAAGCUGGUGCGGGCUCGAGCGUUGUCUAGAAGUCUGUCUCUUCAGAGCAAGACGCUGAGUUAUCAGGAACUAAACGACAAAGAGCAACAAAAGACAACAUCUCUCACCCCACCUGCCUCACAUGCGCUACACUCUACCACACACGGUGUUGAGCACGUCAAGGUAACACCAGACAUACCGGUAUCAGUAGAAACGUUGGGUGAGAUCGUAAAGACAAGUCCGUCGUGUUGGCGUACGUUCUGUGCGCUCGUGUACAUACGGACCGUGAGAAUGAUAAGGGACCCGUAUAAGCUUUACGUUAUGAUCUUUAUGCCUAUCAUUUCUUGUGCACUGGGUCUCUACAUAAAAUCGCGACAAAUAGUAUUUUUCCGGAUGCAACCUUUAAAAUUGGAUCCGAACGCCUACUUCAAUAAAACCCCUACAGCCUUACAUACAGAGCAGGACGAUUUCGCAGCAGUAGAAAAUUUCAAGUCCUCCCUAGAGAGUCUUGGGGCAAACCCAAUCGGACUAUUUGAUGGCAAUUUCUCAAGUCUUCUGGAUAUGGAGAACUUCGGCGCCUACAGCCUAAAGGAAAGUCUGAUCCCAUACGGGAAUAUCUUGGCCUACUACAAUAGCACGUAUACGCAUAGUUUGCCUAUUAUUGUCAAUCUUUUGGAUAAUAGUAUUUACAGGGUUUUAAUGUCAGCCGCAGGACAAAUAGACAGUUUUCGGCCUAUCGAAGUUUUGACUCAUCCAUUCCAACAAACUGAACAACCCGAGGAGUUCAAUUUAGGCAGUGUGGUGUGUGCCAUUUUCAUGGGAAUGAUAUUUGCUUUGGUACCUGUCACAUUGGCUGUGGACAUUGUUUAUGAUAGAGAGAUAAAGGCGAAGAAUCAGUUACGUGUGAACGGACUAUCUAUGAGCAUGUACUUCCUCACAUACUUUACAAUUCUCAUUUUUAUAAUGAUCCUCACUAGCAUCGGGGUACUCGUCCUUGUAAUCCUAAACGAUAUUCCAAGUUUAACCAACGGUUCAGCGAUCACGAUGUUAACCGGUCUUCUCAUGCUCUACAGUCCCUCUGCUAUUCUCUUCAACACCUGUCUCUCUUACAUCUUCGACAAGAUGGAUUCGGCACAAUCCAUAAUGCCCAAUAUUACCACCUGGGUUGGAGUAAUACCAUUUGUGAUGGUCGCUUGUUUGGAUACAUUUAAAUGGGGAAGUGAAAUUGCUUUCUACCUUCACACUGUGUUCAGCUUCUUAGAUGUUAUGUACAUACCUUAUGCUAUCAUUUAUUACGUUGAUAGGGUGUACCUCACGUGCAAUUUGAGCGGGUUGUGCCCAGUGCCAGCGUUGUCCAGCUACUUCACAGCAGAAGUGUGGGUACUCAUAGGCGCCAUGGUGCUUCAUGUUCCACUAUGUGGUGCCGCACUGCUGGCUGCAGAUCGGCUCAAGUCUGGUGGACGGAUAUGUCCGCGCAAGAAAAUAGACCCAGACAAAUCUUUGGAAUCGGAGUCUGAGGUCGGCGGUGAAGUGGGAGAAGAUGAUGACGUAAGACGCGAGCGACGUCGAGUGGCUUCUAUUCUUCAACAGAUUCAUAGCAAACAGUCGCAGCAGGUGCCAGCGCUGUUGGUGCAUAAUCUCCGUAAAGAGUAUAAGAUGAGAAACUCUGAAGGUUCGUGGUGUGGGGAUAGAGAUGGCGGGAAACGCACGGCUGUCGCGCGGUUGUCGCUGGCGGUACACGGGGGCGAAGUGUUCGGGCUGCUUGGACAUAACGGAGCUGGUAAAACUACCACCAUGAGGAUCGUUACCGCUGAAGAACGACUGUCUUGUGGGACUGUGAUGCUGGGCGGCAAAAGUGUAGAUGAAGUGGCCUCUAGUGCGUUCCAGCUUCUUGGUUAUUGCCCGCAACACGACGCGCUUUGGAAGAACGUCACCCUCAGGGAACACCUCGAGUGCUACGCUGCUAUAAGGGGCAUCAGCAAGGCGGAUACGCCCAAGAUCGUGGACGCGUAUCUCAACGGACUGCAGAUAAUGGACCAUGCCAAUAAGAACGCAGACGAAUGCUCCGGUGGGACACGGCGGAAGUUGUCUUUUGCCCUGGCUAUGGUGGGAUGCCCUCGAGUUGUUCUCUUGGAUGAACCGUCCACAGGAAUGGACCCUAGAAGCAAGAGGUUUCUCUGGGACACAAUUCUCGCUAGUUUUCAGGGCGGGAAAGGAGCAAUCUUAACGACACAUUCCAUGGAGGAAGCUGAUGCGUUAUGUUCCAGAGUCGGAAUCAUGGUCAAGGGAGGUUUACGAUGCGUCGGAUCGACUCAACAUUUGAAGAACCUAUAUGGCGCCGGGUACACGCUGGAAAUGAAGAUCGGACAACCUAAUCACAAACAGACGAUGAUGGAAUCGGAUAUAUCAAUGUCACCAUCACCGUUGAGGUCCGGUGAUAACUCUCCAUCAUUAGAAGAGGCUGAUGAAGGAGGUUCGGGUGGUGCAUCAGUGACAGCGGAAGCGGAAGUAGAGGUUGAACCGGAAGCUGUUGACGUGAACAUACACACACCGCUCGUUAGUAAUGCACCUCCCGCCAGGCUUCAUCAUCAACGCACGGAAUCCAGCGGCGGUGCUGGCCUGGAGCUGGCGAUAGCUUUGGUGGUGCAGCUGUUUCCUGCAGCAGUCCUAGAAGAGAGUUUCGCAGAACGACUCGUCUUCUCCGUGCCUCAGCGCUCUGUCUCCAGUCUCGCCGCCUGCUUCCAGCAGAUUGAGGAAGCUAAGGAACGGCUGAACAUAGUGGAAUAUAGUUUCAGUCAGACGACGUUGGAGCAAGUGUUCCUUAAGUUCGCGCAGAGUGAAAACGUGGAGUCUUCGGACCAAGAGCAUUAACUAGUUAGAUUUAGUUUGUUUACUUGACGAUUUUAUUUCCUUUGAUGUUUUUAUCGUCGAGUACACAGACGAAGGCAUCUGUAAUAUACCUGCUUUAAUGUAAGUAGUAUCUUAUUAAAGCUUUUGUAUGAUUCCAGAGAGAUUUAGUCAUCAUAUCAUUCAUAAUUUGGAAUCUUAGUCCAAAAAUCCUUUCUUAAUUGAAUUGCCAAAUGUAACUGCUUUUUAGUUAUUUUUCAAUGAUUUAAAACGUUUGGCCUUUUCACUCUUCUAGAGAUUUAUGCCCGAACCCAAUAAUUAAUCCACAAUCUCAGAUUGAAAACAAUCUGAUAUCAGACCGUGACAGUCGAUCUCCUAUCUGCAUUCCAAUAACCAAACCCUAC